AUGUCUACUUCUGUGUAUGAAGGUGUUGAAAAGGGGCCAGCCAUUGAGCUAAAAAGUGUUUGCGCACGACAAAUCACAUGCAUUUGGCCAAAACUUCUGUAUCGAUUGUGCGAAUUUGAAGUCUUGCAGGAUCUGUAUCGCACAGAUAAACCUUGUGUUCCAAAUUUUAUAGAAGAUCAGUCCUUUGACGAAAUACGAUGGAUAUGUUAUGAAGCUAAAAAAAAAAACUGUUUCGAUCAGUUCGUUAAACAAUUCGCCAAAGAAGCCAUUGAAGCUAAUAAUAAAAUGAAAACAAUGGCGCAGAUAUCACCCCAUGUAGUAGAUAUUAUAUGCCGAUUGUAUGAUGCAACUUCAGAAGCCGCCACAAAUGUGGGUUUGACUAAAAGUAAUAAAACUAAUCCAUUUGGCCUUGAAAUUAGCGUUGCCAGUGACACAGCAUUGAUAUUUAAAAAACCUGGCGCUACAUCCAGCAGUAAUAAAAAUUUUGGUGAUGCUUUUAACGAUCAUGGUCAUACUACCAAUGCCGGAUGCGUAUUUGGCGGAAUGGCACCUUCGACUCCUGGAGGAAUCUUUGGUGGAGGUCGGUCAGCUUUUAAUUUUCAAAAUCAGCAGUCUUCAGUUUUUUCUCAACAACUUCCAAAUGCUAGUUCCAUAUUCGGAGGAGGCGCCCCACAAAAUCUAUUUGGUCAAACGCUGACAAGUACUGAUGUUACUGUUGGACGUUUUGGGCGCGCGCAGCAAGGGACCGGAGGUUUGUUCAGCCAAUCAUUACUACAGCAGCAUCAAAUUAAACCUUCGUCCAUCGUAGGUUUGUGUUCUUCCCAAGCUCAACAGAACGCAGGUGGUAGUUUAUUUAACCAAAGUAUUCAGAAGCAGCAAAUAACAAAUGGGGGAAACGUUUUUACCCAAUCCACGCAAUCUCAACAAAUGCAAACUCCGCCGAAUUUUGGCAUGUACCAGAGCAACAAACAGGAGGCGCAAUCAGUUUUUGUACAGCAAAAUGUUUUUUCACAACAAACCCCUGGUUGCAUAUUUGGUCAAGUGGCACAAACUACGUCUUCUGCCAACUUAAAUAAUUUAUUUGCUCAAUCGCUCAGCGCACCAAAUGGCACAGCACAUUUUACUAAUACAGCAGCAAUACCCUCACAAAGCGUAUUCGUCCAGGCAUUGUGUCAAAAUCAGAAUACACCUGCAAACAUUUUUUCUCAACCUGACGAAACAAUUGCAACGACUUCUGUUUCAAUGGAACCACCUACAAAUUUUUUCCAACAAACCCCUCGUUCCAAUCAGUCAACUGCUUUCGGGAAGCAAGUGGGUGAAAACACCUCAUCUCAGGCUCUAUUGCAAUCACCGGUAGUAAGCAGUUCUGUUUACAGUAAAUUGGCGGAUCUAACACCUGACGAAAUUGAAGCUUUUAAAGCGGAUGCUUUUACUCCCAGGAAAAUUCCAAAUGUUCCUCCACCUCCAGAGUUUAUCAAUUAGUUUAAAACAAAUUUUACAUUUUCAUUGGUAUCCUUGGGAUACUCCUCUCCUUUAAAAGUCCAACCGUAAAGCGUUAAUAAAUGAUAGCACCAUUGAAGCAAUAUGCAAUAAAAUUUAAGAAGGCACCUUAAAUCUAGUGUGGACAGGAGAUUGGAGUUUCUCCAGCAUUGAUUUAUAAUUUUAUUUAAUUUUUUGUGCGAAGUUUGCCGGCCAUUUGUUGAUAUUUUCCCUCCAAGUCGCGAAAUUUAUUUUUCCUGCAAUCCGGCGUGGGAAGAAUAUCUGCAAUCCUAUCAACUUUACGUGGUGUGAUGCUCCCAGGGAUCUGUAUUGUAUUCAGAUUGGAAAUAAUCAUUUUCUAUAUCUCCUUUGAAAA